CCGCGCGGCGCCGCGCCUCACCGGCUCCUCAGCUUCCAGCCAAGAUGGCGGAGAAUAGCGAGGGUCUGGGCACCGUCCCCGAGCAUGAACGGAUCUUGCAGGAGAUUGAGAGCACCGACACAGCCUGCGUGGGGCCCACCCUCCGGUCUGUGUAUGACGACCAACCAAAUGCACACAAGAAGUUUAUGGAAAAGUUAGAUGCUUGUAUCCGUAAUCAUGACAAGGAAAUUGAAAAGAUGUGUAAUUUUCAUCAUCAGGGUUUUGUAGAUGCUAUUACAGAACUCCUUAAAGUAAGGACCGAUGCAGAAAAGCUGAAGGUGCAAGUUACUGAUACCAACCGAAGAUUUCAAGAUGCUGGAAAGGAGGUGAUAGUCCAAACAGAAGAUAUUAUCCGAUGUAGAAUUCAGCAGAGAAAUAUUACAACAGUAGUAGAAAAAUUACAGUUAUGCCUUCCAGUGCUGGAAAUGUACAGUAAGCUAAAAGAACAAAUGACUGCAAAAAGGUAUUAUUCUGCUCUAAAAACUAUGGAACAGUUAGAGAAUGUAUAUUUUCCCCGAGUUAGUCAAUACCGCUUUUGUCAGCUAAUGAUAGAAAAUCUUCCUAAACUCCGUGAGGAUAUUAAAGAAAUCUCCAUGUCUGAUCUCAAAGACUUUUUGGAAAGCAUUCGAAAACACUCUGACAAAAUAGGUGAAACAGCAAUGAAACAGGCACAGCAGCAGAAAACCUUCAUUGUUGCUCUGCAGAAGCAAAAUAAUGUAAAAUUUGGGAAGAAUAUGUACAUAAAUGAUAGAAUUCCAGAAGAAAGGAAAGAAAUUGAAUUGAAACAAGGAUUUGAGGAAGAGGAUGAGAAUGAAGAGGAGAUCUUAACUGUUCAGGAUCUGGUUGAUUUUUCCCCUGUUUACCGAUGUUUGCACAUUUAUUCUGUUUUGGGUGAUGAAGAAACAUUUGAAAAUUAUUACCGAAAACAAAGAAAGAAACAAGCAAGACUGGUAUUGCAACCUCAGUCAAAUAUGCAUGAAACUGUUGAUGGGUAUAGAAGAUAUUUCACUCAAAUUGUAGGGUUCUUUGUGGUGGAAGAUCACAUUUUACAUGUGACCCAAGGAUUAGUAACCAGGGCAUACACUGAUGAACUUUGGAACAUGGCCCUCUCAAAGAUAAUUGCUGUCCUUAGAGCUCAUUCAUCUUACUGUACUGAUCCUGACCUUGUUCUGGAACUGAAGAAUCUCAUUGUGAUAUUUGCGGAUACUUUGCAGGGUUAUGGUUUUCCAGUGAACCGACUUUUUGACCUUUUAUUUGAAAUAAGAGAUCAAUACAAUGAAACACUUCUUAAGAAAUGGGCUGGAGUUUUCAGGGAUAUUUUUGAGGAAGAUAAUUAUAGUCCCAUCCCUAUUGUUAAUGAAGAAGAAUAUAAAGCAGUCAUCAGUAAAUUUCCCUUUCAAGAUCCAGACCUUGAAAAGCAAUCUUUCCCAAAGAAAUUUCCCAUGUCUCAGUCAGUGCCUCAUAUUUACAUUCAAGUUAAAGAAUUUAUUUAUGCUAGCCUUAAAUUUUCAGAGUCACUUCACCGGAGCUCAACAGAAAUAGAUGAUAUGCUUAGGAAAUCUACAAAUCUACUGCUGACCAGAACUUUGAGUAGCUGUUUACUGAACCUUAUUAGAAAACCUCAUAUAGGUUUGACAGAGCUAGUGCAGAUCAUCAUAAACACAACACACCUGGAACAAGCUUGCAAAUACCUUGAGGACUUUAUAACUAACAUUACAAACAUUUCUCAAGAGACUGUUCAUACCACGAGACUUUAUGGGCUUUCUACUUUUAAGGAUGCCCGACAUGCAGCAGAAGGAGAAAUAUAUACCAAACUUAAUCAAAAAAUUGACGAAUUUGUUCAGCUUGCUGAUUAUGACUGGACAAUGUCUGAACCAGAUGGAAGAGCUAGUGGUUAUUUAAUGGAUCUUAUUAAUUUUUUAAGAAGCAUCUUUCAAGUGUUUACUCAUUUGCCUGGGAAAGUUGCUCAGACUGCUUGCAUGUCAGCCUGCCAGCAUCUGUCAACAUCCUUAAUGCAGAUGCUAUUGGACAGUGAGUUAAAACAGAUAAGCAUGGGAGCUGUUCAGCAGUUUAAUUUAGAUGUCAUACAGUGUGAAUUGUUUGCCAGCUCUGAGCCUGUGCCAGGAUUCCAGGGGGAUACCCUACAGCUAGCAUUCAUUGACCUCAGACAAGUCUCCAGGAUCAGGCCCUGGGCUGAAGGUGGUGCUAAACCGCUGAGCCACCUGGGCUGCCCGGACCAAACUACUUUUAAAAAGAAGAUAGAAAAUCAAGAACGUGGACUCUGAACUUUUAUUCCAGCUUACCAGAAGAUGUUCUUUCUAUUGAAGGAAGAUCUAUUUGCUUUAGAAGGAGCUCUCUCUGUUGUGGUCUUAUUGCCCUAAACAAGAUGAUCUUAUUGCCCUAAACAAGAUGAUCUAAUACAGAUCUAAUACAGAAAAUGGAGUCCUUUAGCAGACUGGAAACAGGCUUGGUUGUAUGUUCAUCUUUCAAUUAGGUUAUAGCCACUUAUAAGUUUCCCUGUUACAGGGACAUGAAUAUGUUCUCCAAGCCAAGUAUGUAAUUUGAGGAUAUCUCCCAUUAUAUACAAAUAAUCUGUUCUUAGAAAAUUUGAAAUUUAUUACAUGAUAUUUUCUCUUUUGUAUGAAUUUGUAUGGUAUUAACAAUCACUCUGUAAGAUUGUGAAUAGGACCACAUUUGAAACUGUGGGGAAAGAUUCUGUUCUUUGAUUUGUUCAAAUAGGUUAGUUCAAUGCAGAUUAAAACUCUGAUUCUAGGUACUAUCUUCCUUCAAAGACAAUCAUCAUUUGACACCAAAGAAGGCCUCUUUACAAGCAUAUGUAAAGCAUUCCCUCACUAGGGAAUUGUUACUAAGACACACUUACAAUUAUUAAUAAACAUCUCAAGUCUUUUUUGUUGAAUUUACUUUUCAUGUAUGUGCACUUACAGGUUUUAAAUCCUGGUUGGCUUUUCCACAUCAAUGUAAUUUUUAAAGAAACUUUAAAGUGAAUACAAAAAAAUCUUUUAGAAACCUUUACAAUUCUGAAAUCUAUUACGACACAUGUAGAGCUAUUAAAGAUUUAUGUAGAAAUACCUACUUAAUGUAAAACACAGUUUUAAAGUAUGGUAUUUAGUAUUCAGUGUGUGUGGAUAAAUUUUAAUAAGUUAAUUUUUAAUGUAUUAAUUAUUCUAGUUUUUUAAAGAGGCUUAAAAGUUUUUCCUAAUUAGUGUUAAAAUUUAAUCAUACUCUUUUUGUACUUUUGCAUUCUGAAACAAGAAGAUGCAACUAAUUUUUAUCAUUAGCUGCUGGGCCACUGAGACACACUUGAAUUUUAUGAUUUUAGAGGCUUGGGUUUAAUAACUUGACAAAGAUAAUUAUUUUCCACAUACAUUUGUUUCUCAAUUUAUAAACAGUUAAGUGGUGAAAUGCCAAGUAUGGGGAUUGACUAAAAAUAAAAUCGGUCUUUAAAGUAUCAUAUGAGGUGAUAGAAGUUUUUUGCAUCAGAUAUCAGUGUUAUUUAAAUAAAGAUGCCUUAAAGUUUCAGUUGGUGUGUUAAUGUUCCUGACUUCAUAAAGGUAUUUCAUAGAAUAUUAUUUUACUAUUUUUAUACGAAGUACUAUAUCACCAAACAUAGGGUACUAACACUUUUAUUUACGGUUUCUGCACUUUUUCUUCUU